UAUUGAAUCCUGACUAUGGCUUCUGAAGAGUGCAUUUUGCUUGAUGUGAAACUUAAUGACAUUAUUCUUUGCAACACCUCUGCUGUUCAAAGUGCAAAUCUCUCUUUCCUGAGUGAAGACUUCUUUUACUAUAGGUUCCUAUAUGCAAUUCCAACUAUUUAUGGGAUCAUCAUUUUAAUAGGACUCAUCGGCAAUGUUACACUGAUCAAAAUCUUCUGUACAGUGAAGUCCAUGAGAAAUGUCCCCAACUUGUUUAUUUCCAGUUUGGCUUUCGGAGACUUGCUUCUUUUGGUCACCUGUGUUCCUGUGGAUGCCAGCAGGUACCUAUCUCCAGAAUGGCUCUUUGGUCGGGUUGGAUGUAAACUUAUCCCAUUUAUACAGCUCACUUCAGUGGGGGUGUCUGUCUUCACACUCAUGGCUCUUUCUGCAGACAGGUAUAAAGCGAUAGUGAGACCAAUGGACAUCCAAGCUUCCCAUGCACUGCUAAAGAUUUGCUUGAAGGCUGUCAUGAUCUGGGUUUUAUCCAUGCUGCUCGCCAUUCCUGAAGUUGUGUUUUCAGACUUACGUCCCUUCUAUGACACAGGCACCAAUAAAACCUUUGUUAGUUGUACACCUUACCCACUCACCAAUGAUCUGCAUCCAAAAAUUCAAUCAAUGGCUUCCUUCCUCAUCUUUUAUGUCAUCCCCCUCUCUGUUAUUUCAGUCUACUAUUAUUUCAUUGCAAAAAAUCUAAUACGGAGUGCUUACAACCUACCAGUGGAAGGAAAUGUCUAUGUUAAAAAACAGAUGGAAUCCCGAAAACGCCUUGCCAAGACUGUGCUGGUUUUUGUCUGUAUCUUCGCUUUCUGUUGGCUCCCUAACCAUAUCAUUUACUUGUACCGGUCAUACCAUUAUUUGGAGGUGGACACCUCUGUCCUGCACUUUUUCACCUCUCUCUGUGCUCGCAUCCUGGCGUUCGCCAACUCUUGCAUCAACCCCUUCGCCCUCUACCUGCUCAGCAAAAGCUUUAGGAAGCAGUUCAAUCACCAGCUGUCGUGUUGCAAGGGCCGUGAUCUCCUUCGGUCCCAGAGCACAGGCAGAAGCACCACGCGGAUGACUUCGCUGAAGAGCAGCAACCAAUCCAUGGCCACAUUCAGUUUUAUUAAUGGCAACCCCCUCUGUCACAAAGGCAACAUAUAGGAUGUGCCACAUACACCGAACGCAAUCACAAAAUCUGUUCAGCCAGCGCUGCCUGUCUGUUGUGCCAGUAAGCAACAACUGUACAUAUGUUCAGAGAGAGGUCAGCUGGUAACCCGAGAGCACACUCACGGCACACAAGCCAGGCUCAGUGCAAAGCUGAAGGGCUGUCCACCUGCUUUUUAAGUCCUUGCAUUGUAAUAUUAUUAUUUUAUUUAUUAUGAACAUUUGUAUACCACCCUAUUUGCCGAAAAGCCAUCAUGGUGGUGCACAGCAAUUUGAAACAAUAAAACCACAAAAAUAAGAACAUUAAACAUAAUAAAACACUUUAUCAGUAGUGCAGCAAAACAACUACAUAUCUCAACAGUGCAGUUCCAUGCAUGUUUAGACAUGGUUCGCUAGGGCAUGCUCAGAAAUGUCAGUUUUAAAAAUAUGUAUAGAUGGUGGUCUGAACUAAAGAGAUGUGUCAUCACACCAGUGAUGCUGUGGGGCUCAAAAGGAUGCAGCAUGAACUCUUUGUGUUUAGUUAGCAUCCUUUGCCACCAGCUCCCCCCUCAAAGUCCCCUGUUCCCUUGAGCUUAGCUGUAAUUCUCACAAUAGCUUGGGGUGGGGGUGGGGAAGAUGCAUGAACUUCCACAGCAACAAUAUACUGUUCCCGAUUAUAAAGCAAAGUGUUUUAAGGUGAUUUGGCCUUGGAUGGGCAAAUAAGACCUAUGCACCUUGCAAAAGAUCUGUUUUGAUGGACAUAAAAUGGUUAGAACUGGCUUGUUGAUAUGGAUCAAUGCAGCAAACUGAUUUCAUUUUUAACUCUUCUUGAGGCAUGGCUAUGGAAACGAUCAUGACACAUGCCUACAAUUUGAAAAUUACCCUUCCUUCUACUGCAUUACGCCCUUUCUAAUGUUCUGGUUCCUUUUAGUCCCCAGUGUUUAGAGAUACAAGCACUGAAAGUGUUCAGAUCCUCAUAAAGAAGAUUGAAAUGUGGGGACAGAAUUAUGGAAGAGCCACCUGUUCAAUACAUUUAAGUCCUGGAAAAGAUGUUAGUUUUUUUAUAUAGUGCUGGAAUGAGCCUGUCUCUUGUUGUGUAUUUUGCUCAGUGCAAAAGCAGCCAUAGGAUCCAGCACAAAGUCCUUUGCCCUUCAUUGCUGGCCACUUUCCUGUCAAGGAAAGAUGGAGGUCACUGUACCAAUUGGAGGGUUCACCUGUCCAAAGCAGCACAACAGUUCAUUUGCAUACUUGCAUUUGCAUAAGCAGUGCCAGGAAUGAGUAACUUGUGACCCCCUAGAUCUUUUGGCCUAGAAUUUCCCUACUCCUGCCAGCAUAGCAAAUAGUGAAGGGUCAAUGCAGGGUCAAAAUUUUUGGAGAGCCAAAUGUCACCCACUAUUAUUGUAUCCAAGGACCAUUUGAUUGGCCAAGAUGUUUUCUUCAUUUGGAUGAAAUCCUGAAUUCCUACAGAGAUUUGAAUAACAAGGCUUCUACAAGUGAGAUAAUAAAAAUAUGUAAAGCCCCAGGUUCUUUUUCCCAUCUCUUCAUUUGCACUCAUGCUUGAUAAAAUAACUUGCUUUUUGCACUGAAAUAAGGCAGUAGUUCUAAGCACACUUGCUAAGGAGUACACCCCAUUGAACUCAGAGGGACUUAGCCCAAUUCAACAUGCUUAGGUUUGUGGUACCAAAAAGAGAGAGAGAAAGAGAAAGAGAGAGAGAGGAGCAGCUUUAUUUUUGCAUGUGCAUGUGUGUGUGUGUGUGUGUGUGUGUGUGUGUGCGCGCGCACACACACACACACUCAGAGUGAGUGGGGAUGUGUAUGAAGGUGGACCUUGAUUAGAACUAUCAAUCUCUGAAGUGUUUAAUUGCAGUAUUAAUUCACAUUGUAAAAAGAUGUGAAGAGAGUUGUGUUUACUGGGGUUUGUGCUCCCCGCAUCUGAAAUCAGCACUAUGUUAUAUAAAAUUUAAAUGUGAAAAGUGAUACUGUUUCAAUAAAUGUGAGUUUAACUAUGUU